AUGCCCGCUACUACUUGGAUAGCUUCGCACAGACGGUCCUUGUCGGAUGGAGGGCAGUCCACAAAGGCUUGGAGGGUUCUGUCUCAGACGCUUCCGUCUCGUGGACCGGAUGCCGAUGCGUGGUGGCAGCUCACGGGGAGACACCUAGCUCUCCUCCUUGAUGCCGCUGCGUAUCCCAUCGAGAAGCAGUAUGAGUGUCUUCUUUAUCACUAUCACUACGCGGCUCCAUAUCUAGGACCCGCGCCUCGUGAAGGCGGCUCUUCCCCGACCUGGAAGUCUAUGCUUCAGCUAGACGGCACACCCUUUGAAUUCUCAUGGAGAUGGAACACACCCGACGGCGAGCCAGAGGUUCGCUUCGGCCUAGAGCCUAUAGGGCCCAUGGCAGGGACGGCGUUUGAUCCGUUGAAUCACUCGGCCACGCACGAAGUCCUUCACAAGCUCUCCGCCGCGGUACCGGGCGCCGACCUCACUUGGACGCAUCAUUUCCUAGCCACCUUGUUCGACCACGACUAUGCCAAGUAUACCCAAAAGGCCGCCACCAGUGGUCCACUCGGCACAAGCAUGAUAUACUCCCUCGAGUUUCAGCGGGAGUCGACCGCACUCAAGACAUACUUUCAACCACGCACGCUCGACCACCAGGGUUUCGUCGACAUCCCGCGCUGGGAAGCGUCGUUUCGCGGGUUACAUCCGGACGUCCCCUCUCGCGCCGCUAUGCACGAGUUCCUCAAGACAAGCCCAGAAGGCAAGCUCCUGAAACCCUUCUGCCUCAGCGUCGACAACUGCGACCCCGCCAAAGGCCGUAUAAAAUGGUACUUCAACAGCCCGCACACCAACUUCAACGCAAUCCGCGAGGUCAUGACAAUGGGCGGACGCAUCGCCAACACGAAAGCCCGCGAAAAACAAUUCAAAGAACUCUUCGACUUGCUCAAGACCCUAACCGAACAGCCCGCCAAUUUCCCAACAAGCUCAGAAUUCCCAUCCGUUCCCACGAACGGCGACACCGUGAUCCCCAACUUCGCCGAUGUCCCGGAGAUGCUUAAAGGAUGCGUGUACUACUUCGACAUCGCGCCCGGACGAGAUCUCCCCGCCGUCAAGAUCUACUUCCCCGUGCGCAACCACUGCCGGAACGACCUCGCCGCGACGCAGAACCUCAACCGGUGGCUUGAGUCGAGAGGCCGCUGGCAGUAUGGCGCCGCGUUCUUGCGGGCCCUUGAGGCGAUCGCGGAUUAUAGACGGUUGGAUGAUGGUGGCGGGUUACUGACUUUCCUUUCCUGUCAGUUGAUGGAGGAUGGGGAGUUGGAUCUUACGUCUUAUGUCAAUCCUCAGGCGUUUCACUGGGGACGAAUUAUGAGUCGGAGGUCAACGAGAAGGAGGGGGGAUGAUGAGUGGUGA